AUGUGGUACUUUCUUACACCACUGCUUUGCUUUUAUGGAUUUAUCAAGGAAUUUAAAAUUGGUGAACCGUUCAUGUAUUUGUAUCAAAGCGAAGUACUCAAUUUGACACGUGAACAGUUAACAAACGAGAUUUAUCCAUAUUCCCCAUAUGGAUAUUUGGUAUCACUAAUUCCAAUAUUUUUGCUUACGGAUCUGUUGCUUUAUAAACCGACAAUGCUUGUGGAGGUCAUCGGACAAGCUGUUUAUCGAAGUACGCUGAUAUUUUGUGCAAAAGUAUGGGCACAAAAAUUGGGUAUUGUAAUCUAUGGAGUAGCAUCCGCUUCAGAACUAGCCUUUUUCUCCUAUGUUUAUGCGAAAUUGGAGAAAGAUCAGUACCAAAAGUAA